GAAGUUGGUUUCUGGGAGACAGCCGGGCAGCUCUGAGCCCGAGUGGAAAAAGGCGCAAGCGGCCGCUCCCCUUGUAUAUAGUAAUUGAGGUCUUAGAUCUGCACUUGUUGCCCUAUUCACUUGUCAGCCCACUGAGCGUGAUUAGCCCGGCCAGUGGAAGCAAUUUUGGGUUGCCGAGGAGUAGCCUGUCACUGCCAUGAAUGGAGGUUCUCAGUUCUGGGUGCCAAAUGCCACGUGUUGCCUUUCUCCCGAUUUUGCACGUCCUCGUCUCCCGGCACUCUGCUCCUUCCAUUUCAAAGCAUCAACCAGCUCCAGCCCCUCUCUCAUAAACACAACACAAGAUGCCCUCGUCGAUCCUUGCUCGCCGCGCUGUGCCGCUGAUGGCUCGCCAUGUCCGCCUCAACGCCCGUAUGGCCCACGUCGAGAACACUGUCGAGACUUGCCCUUCCCUCAAGGCCCCAAGCACAAGACCGGCCUGGCCCUCGGAAUCGUCUCGUUCCUCAGCUUCGGUUUCAGCCUGCCCUUCAUCGCUGCCCGUUUCCAGCUUAAUGCUCAGGGUUAAGUGCGCAAUCGUCGCAAGAUACAAAGGAAGGAUCCUCUAUAUAGCUCUAAAUCACCGCAAUAUAAAGCCUU